CUGACAUGCUUGCAUCGAGGGAGCGAGUUCUGGCUCGACGUGCAGUAGCACAUCGCUUAUCACCAGGGCCGUGGCUGACGGCAAGAGUGAACGCUCUCUACCGAAGGGCAGGCGCCACUUCCUGUGUACCAUUAUCCCGGUGAACCCGAACCAUCAGUCGAACAUCAACUCGAAGUCCGAGGUGUAUCACAAUCGUCUUCGGUACCAGUCUCGGCAGUACGACUUGACAUGGCUUCGACCACGCGAUAGCAAAGAAGACGACCCAACAACCACCCCACAUCCAUACUUCGCUGCGAUCUGGAAUCAGCACACCUUGUUGGAUUGUAAAAACACACGCGCAACGACACGCCGCGGCAUCAGCCGGUGCUCAGACAUCAUGAGCCAUAACCAUGGCGGCAUGUCGAUGGGGUCGAUGGGCUCGAUGGCCCUGCCUGCCCUUCCGGAGUUCCCCAAGUUCUAUUACGCCGUUGUAGGGAGCGCAGUCGGCGUUGCGACAGCAGCCAACGUUUACAAUCAAGUCCUGUGCAGAAGAAGACUAUCUGCAGCAAGAACGGGAGCAUUGUCACCUGCCAAGCCAAAGUCCCGGUUCUCAUUAUGGAAUGCGACAUUGUACGCAUUGGCCCGAGAAGCAUCAAACUUCUCAAUACAAGUACCACUGAAAGGGAAAUUCCUGCGACUGCCUACUGUCGGUCGGACUAGCUUGGUUUUGGCGAAUGUGCUCGUUCUGCUUGUGCUCUGCUUCUACGGACUAAACCUCACCGACCAGUUCCAGAAAGAGAAUGUUGGGUUUCGAUGUGGCGUCGUCACUCUCGGCCAGUUACCACUCAUCUUCUUACUGUCGGGAAAGAACAAUGUCAUCGGUUUUCUCACCGGUGUCAGCUACGAACGUUUGAACUGGUUGCAUCGAUGGACCGCCAGGUGCAUGCUCCUGACAGCAACCAUUCACAUGGGCUACUUCCUCAGUGUCUGGGCUCCGUAUAAUUACUUCCCUAUCCAACUCAAACAGAACAAGCUUGUAUGGCGAGGACUUGCGGCCUGGUGCGUUCUUGUGUGGAUCAACUUCAGUUCUGCAACACCUAUUCGCGGGUGGAACUACGAACUCUUUGUCGUCCAACAUGUGGCUUCGUUCGCGGUAUUCGUCGGCUUCGUGUAUGUUCACGCUCCGCCUGAGCUGCAAGGCUAUGUGUGGGCCGCAGUCGCUAUCUUUUUCUUCGAUCGCGUGUUCAGAGCUCUGCGAUUCCUAUACGCCAACAUAUCUCUGUUUCACUCCUCGGCGAAGCGAGAGGGAUUGCUGGCCUGUAAAGCUGAGUUUGCAGCACUGCCUGACGACACGACACGCAUCACCAUUCGAAACCCACCCAUCAGCUGGACCCCCGGCCAGCAUGUAUUUUUGUCGUGUCAAGGAAUUGCUCCCCUGCAGAGCCACCCCUUCACGAUAGCGUCGAUUCCUGAAGAUGGGAAGAUGGACUUCUUGGUCAAGGCGCAAUCUGGGGGUACAAGACGCUUCUUCAAACACGCCCAGAAGUCACAAGGCCUAGCUGAGACAGCACAAGGACCAAAGACCGUUACGAUCGAAGGGCCAUACGGGUGCCACCGACCGCUCCGCCAAUUCGACAGUAUCGUAUUGCUUGCUGGAAGCACUGGCGCGACCUUCACUGUACCAUUACUUCGAGACGUCCUCCAAGGAUGGCGGGAGAACAGUGACCCAUCGGCAGCGUCAAGAUGGUCGCUGUUCGCAUUGCCCAAAGGUGCAGUCACGCGCCAUGUCCGAUUCGUAUGGGUGGUCAAGAGCCGAGGCCAGCUCGGGAUGUUCGCAGAGCAGCUGUCGUCCGUAUACACUGAGUUCCAGACUCUGCAAGAGCAAUUGAGGGACAUCAAGCUGGAAGUCACCGUGUAUGUCACAUGCGACGAAUCCUUCACAGAAGAGCACAGGUCAUUGCUGUCUACCGUCACAGCGCCAAGGAGCACAGCGCCACCAUCCAAAGCACUCGAGCACGGUAGAGUGGAGCUCCGCAGCCGCUCAUCAGGGAUCAAGGAUGACUCCAAGAACGAGCUCAGAGAGAUGACAACCGCGUCUUCAACCGACGAAGGCGAUGCAUGCGCUCCAGACGCCAAAUGCUGCUGCCGCACCUCCGUCGACGAAGCUUUGCCCUCCGAGCCAGCGCAAUGCUGCUGCGCCCCCGCCCCCGCAUCCACGUCCGCGCGCUCCAGCACCUCGUCUGCACAGCAGGGCAAGCACGCGCUGCUCGUGCACCCGGCGAUCCAGAUCUUUAGCGGCCGGCCGCAGACCAAGGACAUUGUGCGCCGCUCGCUCGAGCAGGCGCGCGGCGAGUCGGCGGUGGUGGUGUGCGGGCCCCAGGGCUUGGUGGGGGAUGUCAAGCAGGGCGUUGUGGAGCUGAGUGAUGAGAGGGCAGUGCAUAAGGGGACUGGUGCGCAGGGGGUGUAUUUGCACACCGAGAGCUUUGGGUAUUGAGGUUGGUAAUUGUGGAGAAUUCAGCUUGGUCAUUCGUCGGAUUCGUUUUUGAGGCCGUUGAUACGUCGUGAUGCGCGCUGCUCGUGACGGGUUUGGUGAGCUGUUUGGACUCUGGAGAAGUCUUUCGGAAGACUCAAUGCUCGGUCUCUUCGUGGCUUCGAGAGCGGCAUCGGCAACGCCUCUUGUGCUUUCUUGCCGUCUAGCCUGCCUGGCCCUUCCGCCAACGGACUGCGAGCAGUUCUUCUUGAUGCCUUUCUCGCCCACUCCAGCAGUCAACAUCGUACACAGCCUCAAGCUCUCCCGUUCACCGCCUCCUCAACAACAUCCCACCUCUCCACCGCCCGUUGAACCAACGCUUUCAUCGUCUCCCUCCCAACCACACCCCCGCCG